AUGGUGCAGCUUCUUAAUUCUGCUGUGCUAGCGUCUUUGGCUUUUGCGUACACGGCUACGGCCGAAAAUGCCGCAGUGUACCGCUUCUCUGUUCCAGAAUCCAAUGACGACAUUGCCUUGUUAUCUCAGAAAGACUCCAUUUACAACCUUGCUGACGAGUUCGGCGUGUCAGACUUUUUCAAGCUCGGCAGCCUGGAUGAUCCAAAAUCACUGGGAUUGGGCAAAUCCACGCAAUUGGACGACCAAGACAAAAGUCAAUUGGUUGUCAUAAUAAAUGGAGUUGACAGCCCGAAGAGCUUCUUUGACCAAAUACAACCAACUUUUGAAAUCGAGACCAAAGACGACCGGUCUUCGUUCGAGUUCAGAAAUUUCCUGUCUGAGUUCCCAUCCCAGUUGAUGAAGUUGGACUCGGACCUCAAGUUGAGCAAGCUGUCCAACCAGAUCUCUAUUCUUGGCCAAAACAUCCACAACGUCCUUUCCGAAACGUGGUCAAGAGUGUUCCACGACAAGGAGUACAACUCCAUUGCCGAGUUCUGGAGAAACAUCGUUGGUAUUUAUGGUACAUCGCAUGCGUCCAGGCGGUCACUUGACGUGAUCAACGACGAACAAUUUAUUAGUGAAUUGACUCAACUAGACUACUUGCUCAAAAACCAGAUCCAAUCUUCAGAAGAUACUAUUGUCAUUAACCUCCAAUCGCUAACGAGCAUUUACAAGAAAACAGGCCCAGACUCUCAAACUUACAAAGCAUGCAAGAACCUUUUGAGCAAGCUGAUUUCCUCUCAGUUGCAAAAUGCUCCUAACUACGACCCAACCGUGGUUGUUAUGCCUCUCCAACAGCAGACUGUUACGUUCAAGCUGAAAGAAGAUGCAAGAGAAGGCAUCUCCCUGGCCAAGAGAGAUACUUCCAACGUCUUCACCAGAUCCACUGGCUGUUUCUCGUCUCAGGAAGACUGUUUGAUUUCCACAUCGACAUGCUCGGGCCACGGAAUAUGCUCCAAGGUGGGCAAGUGUUGGAAAUGCUUGUGCUCGCCUACAAAAGAUGAAACUACUGGAAGUACUACCAAAUGGACUGGUGGUGCUUGUCAAAAGAAAGACGUGAGUGCAGAAGCAAAUCUGUUCUUAUGGACCACCGUGGCCUUGUUCUUCGUCUUUGUGGCAGGUAUUAAACUCCUUGUCAGCUGCGGAAACGAAGAACUCCCAGGCGUGUUGGUUGCUGCAACCGUUCCUACCAAGAAAACCAUAUAA